UCUCAUCUCAAGUCUGCGGGUGCGUAGGACACGGUCAAUGCAACAGAAAGAAAGUCCUGCACACUGUGACAGCCUGGAAAUCUUCAUCAGACAUUCAGAUAUUUUAAUAGCACCAUAACCAGUAUUUCAGGAUAAAUUGAAAUUUUUGAUCAGUCAUGCACACAACCAGAGAAAAGGUCUUUUGAUUUAUCUGUCUCUGGCAUCUGUGUAUGUUUGGCUGGAGGCUGGACUCUGGAAACAAUCCGGAGCACAAAAAGAAGAUGAUGCAAGUCAGAAGAUCACUGGCAGAUGUCUGACACACACUGAUCCUGAUGGCUCCCGCUGUGAUUCUCUUCGGCUGUCUGCUGGCCACAAUGAGCUGCUCAACCACAGCUCAAACUACCACAUCAAUUAAUGCUACUACUGCAUCACCUAAUGCAACUAAUUUGUCGGCAAAUGCAACUACCACUUUCCCCAACAACACUAACAUAUUGGCCACCACAACUACCACAUCACCUAACCCAACUAACACAUCAACUAACCCAACUAACACAACUACCACAUCACCUAACCCAACUAACACAUCACCUAACCCAACUAACACAACUACCACAUCACCUAACCCAACUAACACAUCAACUAACCCAACUAACACAACUACCACAUCACCUAACGCAACUAACAUGCCGUCUAAUGCAACAAACGUGUCACCGAAUGCAACUACAACGAAUGCAACUACUACUGCAAUGGCUCCUUUGUUUUUCACUACCACAACUGCAGCCACUCCAGUCAACUCCACUGCAAACCCACCAUUCAACUCCACUGCAGCCCCUCCAUUCAACUCCACUGCAAACCCUCCAUUCAACUCCACUGCAGCCCCUCCAUUCAACUCCACUGCAAACCCUCCAUUCAACUCCACUGCAGCCCCUCCAUUCAACUCCACUGCAAUCCCUCCAUUCACUGCAAUCCCUCCAUUCAACUCCACUGCAGCCCCUCCAUUCAACUCCACUGCAGCCCCUCCAUUCAACUCCACUGCAAUCCCACCAUUCAACUCCACUGCAGCCCCUCCAUUCAACUCCACUGCAAACCCUCCAUUCAACUCCACUGCAGCCCCUCCAUUCAACUCCACUGCAAACCCUCCAUUCAACUCCACUGCAAUCCCUCCAUUCAGCUCCACUCAAGCUCCUCCAUUCAACUCCAGUGCAAUCCCUCCAUUCAACUCCACUGCAAUCCCUCCAUUCAGCUCCACUCGAGCUCCUCCAUUCAACUCCACUGCAAUCCCUCCAUUCAACUCCACUGCAGCCCCUCCAUUCAACUCCACUGCAAACCCUCCAUUCAACUCCAGUGCAAACCCUCCAUUCAACUCCACUGCAGCCCCUCCAUUCAACUCCACUGCAAACCCUCCAAUCAACUCCACUGCAAUCCCUCCAUUCACUGCAAUCCCUCCAUUCAGCUCCACUCGAGCUCCUCCAUUCAACUCCAGUGCAAUCCCUCCAUUCAACUCCACUGCAAUCCCUCCAUUCAGCUCCACUCGAGCUCCUCCAUUCAACUCCAGUGCAAUCCCUCCAGUCAACUCCAGUGCAAUCCCUCCAUUCAACUCCACUCAAGCUCCUCCAUUCACGCCCACUGCAGCUCCACCAAAUGAUGUUCUCACAUUACUCACUAAUCUGGAGGUGGAGGUUUUGGCCGAGGAGUCAUCCACUGAAGAAGAGCGUCAGGCUGCACUGCGUCAGGUUGGCGCUUUGGUGGAGAGUUAUUUAAGAGAGUAUAAUGACAUCUACUCUUUUGAGGUCACAAGAAUUGAGCCGGUAUCCCCAUGUGAUUGAAUCAGAAAUCAGCCAAGAAGAACAGACAUGUUCUCAUCACUGGUGGACUUUUACUAUUUUAAUAUGAUAUUAUUUACGGUGAUGGUUCAACUAAAAUAUUGCAUUUGUUAACACAAUCAUUUAAUUUUUGUGUGCUGUAAUCUUAAACAUAGAAGCAUUGUAUAUGUUUGAUGCAAAUUGAGAUUGGAAAUUUUUUUGUUGUUUUUGUUGUUUGGGAGGGGGAGAUUCCUGUCUGUAUGGUUAUUUUUCUGUCUGGAUUCCUAAAUGUUUAACAUGAAAUAAAUAUUAAAAAAUUGUACUUUACCAUAA